UACGAAUGCGCAAGCGCGCUCCUAUCGGUUUGAUGCAAAAGGAAAAUGGCGGGGACGAUAUCUGUGGCUGGCGAAGUGUUUGUGGAUGCUUUGCCUUACUUUGACCAGGGCUAUGACGCUGCUGGCGUUAGAGAAGCGGCUGCUGCUCUGGUGGAGGAGGAAACUCGCAGGUACCGACCUACAAAGAACUACCUGAGUUACCUGCCCACACCUGACUUCUCUGCCUUUGAGACUGAGAUCAUGCGGAAUGAGUUUGAGAGGCUCGCUGCCAGACAGCCGCUGGAGCUGCUCAGUAUGAAGAGAUACGAGCUGCCGGCCCCCUCGUCUGGCCAGAAGAAUGACAUCACCGCGUGGCAGGAGUGUGUGAAUAACUCCAUGGCCCAGCUGGAGCACCAGGCGGUGCGCAUCGAGAACCUGGAGCUCAUGGCCGAGUACGGCACUAAUGCCUGGAAGGUGUACAACGAUAACCUGGCGUUCAUGAUUGAACUGGCACAAAAGGAGCUGCAGAGGUUCAGGAAGCAGGUCCAGGAUCUUAACUGGCAGCGCAAAAAUGACCAGCUAGCAGGAGGAGCCAAAUUGAGAGAGCUGGAGUCUAAUUGGGUGUCGCUGGUGAGCAAGAACUACGAGAUUGAGCGCGCCAUCGUCCAGCUGGAGAACGAGGUGGGACAGCUCCGACAACAGCAAGGAGACGAGAACAAGGAGAACAUUCGGCAGGACUUCUAGGACAGGAAGUGCACCUUCCUACCUGGAGCUAAGGAGGAUUCGGUUAAGGAGGAGGACCCAGAGGCAGAACAUCGGCCUUCGGGGAAGAGUGUUGGUGUGUCGGCUAUGAAAUCGGCACGGAUUAAAAAAACGAGCCAGCAAACAGGGUUUGAGUCAGCCCUGCAAACAGACUGGGAUGAGGAAGAGUUUUUGCUUUUUGUAAAACUGCUAGAUCAUAUGUCUGCGGUUAACAGGCCUGGUAUCUGCUCAGUUUUCUUACCGAAAUAUGUUUAAUGCGUUUUUUUAUUUUUAUUUUAUACUAAUAAACUCACCCAUUGUACAAAUGUGCAAGAAAUGUUUGAAAGUCAAACCCCGUGGUGGUAUUUACCACAACGCUGGUCUGUUUCAGCUUCUGUACGUGUUGAAUGUCUGUGGUAAAUCAAAAGAAGAGGAAGGGGAACCUUCCAAUCAACUUCAGAAAGUGGGAAUAGAACAAAAAAAGUCCAGAGGCUGUGCUCACCUGAUUCCCCUUGCAGUAUCUAAGCACUGUGUGUGCUGCCGUAUGUAAUUUGUUGUUAUAAUACACUUUUUAAUUUAACAACUUCAAGCAUUUUACUCCUUUCAGAAUUGGACAUAUACAGUUCUGUAUGCUUCAAUGUGUCAACUGUGCAGCCUUGGGAUUUGGGAGUUCCAAGUGUUUUGUCUGUCGUAAAAGUCAAGUGACCAAAUAAUUUAAUGGUGUUACAGAAUUUAGAAUGCAGUUAUAACAGGGCUGGCUUAUUUUUUUCCAUCUAUUGAAGACAAAUAAGUAGAAGUAAGAUGGAUGUAUGUCUGUAUUGAUUACAUUUUCAUUUGUCUUUUAAUUAUACUGCACAACACUACAUUUUCAGAAAGUUAUGUUAUUAACGUGAUAUCAACUUUUUCCCUAUUAAACAUAAGGUUCUUUUUUUCUCCAUAUUACAGGUGUUAAUGGGUUAAAACUAAUCACAAAAUAGUAAUUAUUACGUACAUAUCAAAUAUUCCACCCAAUUGAGGAAAUUAGCCUUGUCAUGUGAUGCCACCAAAACCAAAAUAAACAUUCUCCCCACCCUCA